CAUUUAUGAACAAAGCUUGAGGAGUUCCAGAACAGAUACCAGCUUAUUCCAUCCACCAUGAUCCUGGAGAGAAUUAUCUGGAUCUGCAUCACCUUCUGUACUGCAUCUGUUAGACCCCUCGUAGGGAGUAGCUGGAAGCAGGCAGCUGCCAGUCCCAUCAUCCAGCAUAAACCAUUUGUUGUAGUGUGGAAUUUACCUACAAGCAGAUGUCAAGAGGAUUUUGGGAUCAGAUUACCUCUGGAAGUCUAUGGCAUUGUGGAGAACAAAGGCAAUGCAUUCCAGGGACAAAAUAUGACUAUUUUUUACAAAAACAAGUUUGGACUGUAUCCCUACAUCUCUCCACUAGGGGGGGACUGGCAUAAUGGGGGGAUCCCUCAGAAGGUUAAUCUGAAGAGACAUCUAGAGAAAGCCACUAAGGAAAUCACACAACUCUUGAACAAUGACUUCCAAGGUCUGGCAGUAGUAGACUGGGAGGAGUGGCGACCUCUCUGGAGACGAAACUGGGUGCCCAAAAUGGUUUAUAGGGAGGCCUCUAAACAAUGGGUGAGGAAAAGAUUUCGUGGACUCUCUCCUGAGGAGCAAACUCACUUAGCUAAGGUAGAGUUUGAAGAGGCCGCACGGGUGCUGAUGGAGGUUACUCUAGUUCUGGGAAAGAAGCUAAGGCCACAUGGUUUUUGGGGCUUCUACAGAUUUCCUGAUUGCUUCAAUGACAAAUGGGGGAAAGUGGAGAACUAUUCUGGCCAAUGUAAUCCGAAGGAGGUCAUGUGGAAUGAUCAGCUCAUGUGGUUGUGGAAGAUCUCCUCAGCCCUCUAUCCCAGUAUCUACCUUCCACUGAAAGUACCAACUUUGUACCGCCAGCAUUAUGUACAUCACCGUCUUGGAGAGGCAUUCCGUGUGGCACAGUUUGGCACAGAGCAUCUCCUUCCUGUGUUACCAUAUUCCAGGGUUUCCUACAGGCGUUCUUCAAAGUAUCUAACUGAGGCUGACCUGAUAAAUACAAUUGGAGAAAGUGCAGCACUUGGCAGUGCUGGGGUUGUACUCUGGGGCGACCUCUCCUACUCCCGGUCACUUGAGAGCUGCAAGAGUCUUCACCAUUAUAUCACUACCACACUGGGACCUUACAUCGCUAAUGUGACUACAGCAGCAAACAGAUGUAGUCGCCAGCUAUGCCAUGGGAAUGGACGUUGUGUGAGAUGCGACCCGAGUGAAUUAGGAGCCUUUCUCCAUUUGGACCAUCAGCUACGGGAAGGGGACCUUGGGAUAACAGAUUUUCAAGACCAAUAUGUAUCAAUGCAAGAUCACUUUCAGUGUCAAUGCUAUCCAAAGUGGGCUGGCACCCACUGUGAGAGGCCACAGAGGAUAGAGCCCUUUGAGAUACCAAAACCUAACCAAGCUUCACAUUAUAACAAUGUGUAUGAUGCAGUGGAUGAUGGUGACUGUGACUUGGGAUCAAAUAUCUAUCCUACCUCCAUUUACGGUAAAGAAACAGGAAGAUAACGAUUUCUCCAAAAGCAGCACUUUAUUGAGUAGUAAUCUUGAUAAGUUUUAUUCUAGGGAGUGAAUGUUUCCUGAUAACUUGAAGAGAAUAACAGAAUUCUUGAAUUAUGUUUGGAUAAUUUGGAUAGUUUGGAUACCUUUCUUUUACCUCAUAUUUUCUCUCUCUUGUCCUUACUUACAUCUAAUCUUAGCACGAACAUGUUCCGGUAAUAGCUGUACCCUCUUGACAAUGUCUUAUUCUUGCCCCAGUUCCUAAGGGAGACAGGCUUAAGUCUUUUGCUGUACUUGUGUUAGAGUAAAUCUAGCAGGGAAUGUAUCUUAAUUCUACUUUUCUGACUAUACUGGACGUGAUGGAGAGAGGAUGGGGAAAUGAAUUGCCCAAUAAGACUGGCAUUCAGCCAGUUCAUAUUCUGUCUUUCCCCUUGAUAUCAUGACACAGAGUUGAUGUAUGUGUGGAUCUCUGUAUCACAUAUGCUCUGUCAUAAUUAUUUUUCUCUGUAUCUCUUUGACAAAAAGCACACAAUUGUAUGCCAACAAAGUAGGUUGCAAGCAAAUCAUCUCAGCCCAUUGUCAGGUUGUAUUUUUUUUAUUUUUCUCCCAAACUAUUUAUUGGGUUCACUUAAUAGAGCACCUCAGGCAAGACUUGGAGGCCUUUUGGUCAUCUCACCGAGUAGAGACGAUCAAAGUCCUCCAAGUCUUGCAUGAGAAAGGAUGUUCUCUUUUGUCAGCAAAAUUGAUAAUAAUCAGUUGCUAAAAAAAUAAAUACCUCAAAUAACUUCACACAUUCUGUUUCCUGACAUGGUUCCUCCACUACUUGCUACUAAAUAAAUUGACCGAUGUGGAGCUGAGCACAAUGUUUAGUCUCUCUUAUUGUGUUUUCCAGAACCCAAGUGGAAAGAUUUCUGUUGGAGAUUAUGGAAAACUGCUGCUGGUCAGAGUCCUGUAGAUCAUACAAGGUUCCAUGGACAAAGUUAAUUCAAUACAAGGCAGCUCCAUAAUUACAGUAUUUUCUUGUGUGCUCAGCUGUCUCCCACAAUAUACUGACUGCUAGUUUUUGGCCUUGUACAAGAAGAGGUUAAUCCCAUGGAUGUCAAAUCUCCAGAAAGUCUCCAGGCAUCUAAAGUAGAUGUACAAAUAAAUUUGAUUCAUCAGUACAUUAGUGGACUUUCUAAUUGUGGAAGGACACCAUUGAAUAUGACCCAUUGUGAACUUGGAUCAUAGUCUACUGCAGUG